ACGACGCAACGCUACUCAGGGUAGAUGAUAGAUCGUAAAGGAAUACAAUCAUGCUACUUGGCCUACACAUUUUUGCUGUCGAUCCCUCCUCUUGCAACUCCGGAGUCGGGAUAGGAAGAGGAAGUUGUUUAGGUUACAGUGGAGUGAGAAUAGAUCCUUGAUAGGAACGAAGGAUGAGCACUAGGCCUGUGCCAACAAGAGAGAGCCCUUGGGGCAUACAUGAAAGUGAUACAAGAGAACUCAAGGCACACAGAUGUAAUGAUCGACUAGAAGACAUUGUUCAGGCUUGCUUUGAAGGAAAUCCAUUUAAAACGGUUCCAGGCCCCUUCAAGCUCUUCUGGCAAUGCAUGAAUUCAAAUCCUGGGGAGGAACCAACUGAACCGUUCUACUACUUAGAAUUGGAUCCACCAAAAAGGCCAGAGACUGAAUCAGAAUAGCUGAUGCUUCUGUUGGGCAAGAGCCUUCGCCAUUCGAUAAUUGGUGGUGCCGCUAGCUCUUGCUAAAUUUUCUGCCUUGAGAAACAAAUGUUGCUUGACCAUCACAUGUGCAUGUACAUGUAGCACAGCUAAAACUGCUUGAAAGUGUUUGAAUUCUACUAGUGCUAAAUUGGCGCAGUUACAAAUAAGUUGUGCGCUUAGACUCUAAUGUAACAGCAUGCUUGUGUUUGUUUGGAUGGUUGCUUUAGUUUGAAUCUCUCGAUCGCCCCCUUUUGGCA